AUGGUCUCGCCUUCCCCUGGCCCCGCCCGAUGCAAACUCGACAUGGACGCAGACCCUGACAACGAUGACCCGCCGUCGGUUCAGAGCCUCCUGCAAGAGGUGACACGGCUGCAACAGGUCGUGCGUGAUAUCAGUCCCGACGAUGACUCGGUGUUUGUAGCCGAGUGGUCGCCGCCUCAAUACGGACAGAAGACGCGUACAGCCAGUGGAGGGUCCGACAGCUUCUCUCCAUUGGGCAUCUGCUCACGAACUAGAGUGGCUACACUUGUAGGUAACCUGUCGCCUCACCAGAAUGUCGGGGUUAUGGUGCGCGGCGGGGCGUCCGACAGCUCGGUGAAUGGACUGACGACACCGCCUACAAAACGACGGGAGCGACCUGCUGUUUCUCCUGUAGUGCCACGUCCGAUACGCGUAGCAUCGUUAACGAAAGAGAACAUUUCUCUGCUGCCGACGCCCAGAGCUCCGACCUUUGCAGGCUCUGUGUGUGGGUCACAGCAGUCCCGCGUGAGCAUCCGCACGGAAGGCGGCGGCACGGUGUUUUCGCGGCUGUACCAGCCCGAUUUCUACAAGAAACGCGAAGAGAAGUUCCAGACCAUGCGCGACCGCCGCGAGAGUUUCCAUUGCUCGUUCACACCGCGUACGAAUCGACGCGACUCGAUUUCGUCACGAGAUUCGGUCGACACGGAGUCGCAGGCGUCCAUGCAGUCGGCAAAGACGGACGUCAUGAACGUGUCGAGUCGUUUGUAUGAUCCAAACUACGUCCGUAAGCGUAACGCACGACUGCAACGCAUGCGGCAAGAACGGGAGAUGCGGGAGUGCACUUUUACGCCUGUGAUCAAUGGUAAAAAGAGUGUUCUGCUGCACUGA